CAGAAGACCAUGUAGUCAAUUGAAACGGUCCGAAAUCAAUCGUCUUCAAAAUGCAUAGCGAAGUCACCGAACUAAAAGCCGUCGUCGAGCAGUUGCGUAAGGAAGUGACGCGGUUGAGUGACCAAGAAGACAUCCGCAAGCUGCAGUAUACGUACGGCUACUAUCUCGACAAAUGCCUAUACAAGGAGGUUGCAGAACUCUACUCGGACCACCCUGACACCUGCGUCGAGUUCCUAGGCGGUCGCUACAAUGGCAAAGAGGGCGUCGAACGUCUUUACAUUGGCCGCUUCGCCAAAGCCUUCGUAAGCGGUCGCAAUGGCCCCGUCCACGGCUUCCUCCUCGACCACCCUCAGAUGCAAGGCAUCGUCGAUGUGAACCCCGAAGGCACACGCGCGAAAGGUCGCUUCCGCAGCAUGAUGUCCGCGGGCACACAUGAGAGCAUCAAGGAUACACACCCUCGUGGCCUAGUGCAGUGGUGGGAAGGCGGUAUCUACGAGAACGAAUACAUCAAGGAGAAUGGCGCGUGGAAGAUCUUCAGGCUCAAAUACUACCCCUUCUGGCAUGCCACGUUUGACAAGGGCUGGGCCCACACGAAGCCCAACUACGUGCCUUUUCUUUCGAAGACGUACCCCGAGGAUCCGAACGGGCCGGAUGACCUAUGUGAGAAUCCAAUGAUGUGGCCAGACACGCGUGUUGUGCCCUUCCACUAUACGCAUCCUGUUACCGGAAAGCAGGUCGCUGACGAUGACCUGAGAGCGCCAGAGUUUGGUAAGGAUGUUUCCACCAGCACACCUCAACUCGUGCUGAGUAGGCCCAAAUCGGAAACGGUGAAUGGGCAAGCCUAAAUCCGCGACAGUGUAUAUAGAACCUAAUACCUGGUUACCAUGAGUAGCGUCAAAUUUGUACUUUCGCACAUCCUAUGUUUCCUUGAUGCUCUCUUCAAAUGAUCUCUUCCCUUCUGCAUAGCUUCUUGUCUAAGUAAGACAGGCGUCUUAGAUGCCACAUCAGUGUAGAUUCUCGCUGUGUGUAUUUGCUCAAUUUGAUGGGCAUGCUUCAUUGCGCGCAACCCAAAGCCACGGCCAAAGCUAGAGGAUCGUAUUUCUAGAAGGUUGCGGAAGUCGGCUAUUUAAUGGAUGAAUGUCAG